AUGUCCAUCUCUGCAACCAAAGAUGUCGUCUUCGACGUAGUAGGCACACUGGUAGCGCACGACCGGCUCUGGGAAGCCAUGGACGAGCGCCUGGGUGACAAGCUCAAGGCAGCGGGCAUCAAGUCCGAGCUGCUCGGCGCGUGCUGGAUCGAGACCGCCGAGCGCGAGUACACAUACCUCUCGCUCUCUGGGCGGUACAAGCCCUUCUUCGAGGUGUUCAGCGCGCUCUUCUACCGGAUGCUCCAUUUCGCUGGUGUGCAGAAGCCGAGGGAGUUCUGCGCGGAGGAGGACGUCAAGUGGCUCGUGGGCGAAUGGCAGAAGCUUUAUCUGAGACCCGGGGCGAAGGAGUGUGUGCAGAAGCUCCGCGAUGCGGGGUUCACGGUGUGGUGCUUCACGGCUGGUGAUAUUGCGCGCGUGGGCGGUUAUUUUAGGUCGGCUGGGGUGGACAUGCCCGCCGAGAACCUGCUCAGUUGCGAUACCGUGGGUGUCGCGAAGCCAGUCCCAGAUGCAUACAGGCCGUUGCUCGAGAGGCUGAGCAAGGACGGGAAGAAGCCGUGGUUUGCAGCUGCACACAUGUGGGAUGUGAGCACGGCAAGGACGGUUGGGUUUCACGGAGCAUAUUGCACGGUGUUGGAGGCGGAGCCUCUUUACGAUGUCUUCGGCCAGCUGGAUGCUGUUGCGCCUACGCUGCCUGAGAUGGCGGACAAGAUCAUUGCUGCGACCCAAUAA